UGUAUUGAUCAAGACUAACAAAACAGAAACCCCCACAAUAAACGCCUUUUGAAAUGCUAAAUUCUAUGAAGUCGCCGAUUCAGAAAAAUGAACUAAACACCUAAACGGUACGCUUCUAAUUUACAGUGCUUUGAUAAAUAAGUUAUUGAUUGUGUUAAGAAAGUAGCUAUUGAAAGAACCUCUCUCUCAAUCAUGUAAUCGUGGACGGAGGUAGAUAAGCGAGGUUAUUACUCAAGGGGAAUUCCCAUUCGCAUACUUUGGUUCCAAAAUGGCGGAAGGAGGUAUCAGUCGUACGGGGUCAGAGUCUGAAAGCAACCUCACUCACAGCAGCAUGUACAGUCGUCACUCUCAGCAUUAUGUCGAAAGUGUUUCCGUGGAGAUCUGCAACAUAAUGACUCGGCUCGGAUACGGCGAGGAAAUAAGACGGUGGAGGGUUGAGAAGUACUGCGAAUAUGAUAGGCUUAUAAAUGCACAACUACCUAGUUUAACUGUAAAGACAGCUGGAAGCAAGGCAGAGGGCCUUACCUGCCUUUGCGAAAGUGACAGGGACUUAUUAAUCGCGCUGAACGGUGUCAUAUGUGUAGAAACUGGUAUCAAUCUUAACACUAUACCAGACGACAUAAGUGUGUUUUGGAUGGAUGAUACAGGUGUUUAUCCAGGACACUGUAUACUGUUACUAAAAAGGCGAGCGCGUCUUCCUAAUGCAAUUAUAAAUGCUCUGUGUGAAAUUGGUUAUGGAAAAUUUCUAUUAAGUAGUGUUUUAUUUAUAGAUGAAUGCUCGAGACAGAAAAAGGAAAAUAGUCUUGGAACGGUGGGAAUGGUGCUCCAUGAACGCGCGGGGCCGGCAUUACCGCAAACCUUGGGAGGAAUAUUCAAGGUGGACGUAGUAUAUGCAAUACGCUGUCAGUGCCCAAGCAUCCUACACAGAUGGGCUGUCAGACCCCGUCAUUGGCCACAAUCAGUUGUUGUUCAGAAAGUCGUAUCGUUAGGAGCCUAUGUAACCCCGUCCGGAUUUAAGGAAAGUGAAAACAAGCACAUCGAAUGGAGGAUUUGUUUUAACUCCGGUGAGACAGAACUUAUGAACAACCUUAAUGAAACACAAGCGAAAGUGUAUGUUCUGCUUAAAUGGAUCCUUAAAGAAAUAAUUAAACCAACUAAUAAAGAAAUAACAUCGUACGUGUUGAAAAACAUCAUAUUAUGGCAAGCUGAAAACACCCCACAGACAGAGUUUCAUUCACGUAGCUUACUGCACUGGCUUCAUGACGGACUGAGAGGGCUUAGGACUGCUAUUGAGAAAAAACAACUUAAUUACUACAUGAUUCCAGAGAGGAAUUUAAUGGAAGCCUGUGGUUUGAAUGAUGCACUGAAGCGUAAAUGGAUAAAAGAUAUCACGGAAAUGAUUGAGAUGGGUCCCAAUGUAUUACUGAGAUUGGAGAAGAUACGAAGGGCCAUUGUCGCGUCCCCAGAGCCGAUGCUGUGGUUUAGCAAAACAAGGAUGGAGAUGGAGUUGCUGUAUCUGGAGGGCAUGAACAGAGCUGCGAAAUGUAAACAUGAAAACGGUGAGCAGGAUGUCCCGGAUUUCAUGUUGUAUGCGAUACGGAAACGCCGGGAAGAGAUAGUGUUAGAGGUGGCUGCACGUAUGUUCAUGGAAGGCUGUUCUAAUCCCAAAUUGUUCUUUAGAAUGUUUGUAUAGUAAUGAAAUACAAAUACUUACAUUUCACGUGAAUCAUGGCUAUACUUAUAGUCACAUAUUCGUUUCAAAACAUGCAUACAGCCAUAAAUGCGCUUAUUGACUGUAUAUACGGUAUUAAAUUAUGAACAUUAUAUUAUUUGUUGUGCAGUAUUAAUUUAUUUGAUUCUCAUCCUAUUGUUUUCAUAUGUAUGAACGCUCAUAUAAUCAUAUAUUUUGUUAAUAUAAAACGUUGUCACAGAUUCAAUUAAAGCGUUUGAUAGGAAAUAAGUAGUACAUGAAAUUG